GAUGGUCUCGGAUGACUAUUUUUAUGCGGGUAUGACUAUUGCAACAUCACUGGUUCAUGGAGGACCUGUCAUCAGUACUUUUGGAGGCGCUUUCAAGUACACCCGAGUCCACAUUUGUGGCAGGGCAAGAUAUCCCUGAUAUGGACAUAAGGAACUAUCUGGAGAAGCUUCUAACUUACCAGGAAGAACAUUCAAACACAGCAAACUUAUUUGAACCAAUCCAAACUCUGAUGCAGCUGGCUGGAACACACAAAGUUAUCCGUAAUGCUGAUGAUUAUCGCAAGAUUGCUGAAGAAACUGCACAUUGGUACAUUUUUGGAAGAAAAUGGGCAGCAUUUGAGAGAUUAAAGGAAAGGCUGAAAACUCUAGGUGUACUGGAUGCUAUGACCAAGUAUCCCAAUGCAUUCAAGCAUGUCAUGUGCUUCACAGAAGACACCCUCACAGCCAAGACAUUUGAUAAUAUCUUCCGCCGUGUUCUACACCCAUUGGACUCCAAUAAAAGGGGAACAGAAAAUCUUCUAUUGUCUCUCUGGAAAGACUUUAUACAAGAACUACAAGACAAGCCAUCAGAUGUCACUGCUAUCCUUUAUUACUGGUUGCAAGACCGUACCACCACUGGGAUUCAGACCAGAACCCACUGUAGAUUUUUUACAUGAUGCUGAGGACAAUGGAGAGAAAUCAAGAUCUCCAAAGGCAAUUACAUGCAACUCUACGCUGUUUUUGCCAACUGUACAUGUAGUUUAUGAAGAAUUCACUGAAGCCAUGAGAUAUGCUGUUCUAAAUGGUCAGGGCUUUGGCUUUGCAUAGUCAACUAUUGAUCUUCUGAUGUGAUCGAUGGUAGGGAUGCUCCAGAUAAAACCAAAGAAAGGAAAAAUAAAAAAAAAGGGAAAAAAAUAAAAAUAUACAGUAUUCUUGGGAUUUCUUGUUUUUCCUGGUCCUGGGGAGAUCCGUGUUUUCUGUUUUAAUUGCACCCUUCAUUUAACAAAUACUUUACCUAAUUUGAGCUUUUUCUUUUCUUU